CAGUCCCGUGUAGAAUCCUGUUUCACUUUGACUUAGAAUGUUUGUUAUUUGUUUUUUGGAGAAUGAAAAUGAAAAUUUGAAUUAUAUUCCAAUGAGCCUUCCAUAACAUAACUAUCACAAACCACUAGGCAUUGUUGUUGUGCUUGUGUCAACGUUGAUGCGGCCUUUGCUUUGCCGAAACCAUGCCAAACCAGAAGGAGGAUAAAGGAGCUGUGAAGAAAGGCACUAAGAGAAAAUCAAAAGAUGAUUCAAAUGCAGGGCCAGAAUCAAAACAAAGCAAGGAAUCCACUGCUUCAAGCAGUACAGUGUCGAGAAGGAAAGAUGGGACGCUGGAUUUUCCCGACCAUCCCCGGUUUAGACCGAACCGAACUCCGAAGGAAGUGCUGCAGGCGGGCAGCUUUGGUGGAACGUACUUCCGUCCAAUCAAAUCCGGCGUGACUGGCGAGUCCUACAAGGACGUGUGGAAGGAGCUGCCACAGGACUGGCUGGAGGGCCUCAACAUCAAGCGGCAGGUGGCUUCCAGCAUCUAUGAUGAGUCGGUGAACAAGUACGGCAAAAAGUGCGGCGGUAGCCUGGAGAUGUGGGAGCAGUCGGGAUGGAUCGUCAAACAGGACCCCUACGGCUGGUUCCAGUGGUACUGCAGGUUCUACCAGGGACGCCGGACAGAGGACGACGAGCGGCAGAUCGGCCGCUGGGACCGCUGUGCCGGCGAGAAAGGACGCUGGAAAAACAACCUCAUCGGAAAGGUGGUCCGGAGCGGCUGUGCGUUCGACAACCCCGCCGUGUCCCCGGUGGUUCGCCAGACGCUGCUCCACUGGGGCUACGAGCUCACCGAGCAUGACUACAAGAUCGGCGCCAAGCGAGUCAAAAAGUGAGUCCCCGUGGCGCACAGUGGCCGCCGCGCUGGCGAGUGAAGACGGGGAUGACCGAUCUCGGCUGUCAGGUCCCUGAGCAGUGGGCAGCUAUCAGCUGAUGUUGCCAACUGUCAGAUGCCAAGUCUGAUGGCCUUUCAGUGGUCGUUUGGCACUGCUGACACAUCCCCUUGUUAGACACAGCUGUGUUUGGAUGUCUGUAACCCAUACCUGAGGGAAACUGACUUCAGCAUGGGUCUGUGUCGAGACAUUUUGACACACUUUGACACCGCUCAUUCGCGAGCACUGAGUAGUCUGUUUUCAUUAUCGUUAUUAUUUAACGACACAUCAGUCAUUCACCAGCUAUUCUGCUUUUCGACGUCGAUCUUGUUUUUUUUUAUCCUGAAGAGCGGCUGUGCCCGAACUAGCACAGUAUGCAUGUUUUUGCUUUUAAUGUCCCAAAUAUUAAAGAGGAUAAGUAAGAAGAAGUGAAAUUUUAGUGUCACUGUCUCAUUGAGCGAUGUCAGGAACCACGUCAUCACCAAUUCUUCGGUCACUACUCGACUAUGGUGGCUUUUCCACCACUUCAUGGAGACUGGAGAGGAUACUCGACUGUCUUCUAUUCUAACUUUCUUAGGAUCUCAACGGAUCUGUUCGUCGUAUGUGAUGUGGCCGAGUGAUUCCCGGUCCAGCCCAGUUUUUUAGCCUUUUUACCAGGACAUGAUGUGAACUACCUCACAAUAGGCGGCGGAGCAUCUUGAUGGAUUUUUGUGGUUUGUUUGUCCUUACGUUAUCGCAGAAUGUAGUAUAUGAUUUCUAAUAAGUCGCCUAGACUCUACACUACACUGACUUUGAUGGACUAGUCUUGCUUAGUCAUCAAUGGGAUAGCGUUUGUUGCAAGUCACAAUGCUCUUUUUCGUCUUGUCUUAUGCAACUGAGACCAUACACAUUACACAGUCGCCUCCAGUCUUGUAUUGUUUUAUAUGAAUGUAAAAAUACAAUGCAUUCAUGUAACUAUU